UCGAUUAACCCACUAGUGCAGCCUGCCCAAGAGCACCGCCGCCGCCACCGUCUCGCGCUGUGGGGGCAAACGGUUUUUGCUGUUAAAAGGGCCGGCCAGCCGCUUGCAAAACACCAGUAGCAGUUCUGUGUGGCAUUGCUGAACACAACAACGCGCCCGAUUCCGAAGUGUGCAUUCCUCUCCCCCCUUUAGCUGUUCAGCUAAAGCGCGAAGUGCGCGCCAAAAAAACGCAACCCGCGGCUUGAUUCGCCGUGCAAAUCAUUAAAGUUUUGCGGUGGCUCAAGACACGUCGGCAAGUGCUGUGCGGUGUGCUUAAAACGUGUGUGCGCGCGCUUGUCCGCUUCUUCCAACUGUUUCAUGCGUAUACGCCAAAUAGCUUCCUUGCGCUUCGUGAGGAGCGCGCCUUUUUCGCAUAGCAAUUUGAAUACAGAUUACCACACACACACACACGUGCGCACACCUUUGUCUACAACGCUGCGUAACCUGGAGCGUGGAUGCGUAGCGGGUAGAGACAGAAAGGCAGAGUAAGAGAGAGAUAGAGAGAGGGCAAGAUUGCGCAAGAACGAGACGGUGCGAGACAGGUGCGCGAGAAAAGUCGCGUGUUUACGAUACGCGGGAGAAGAGUACGCGUGUGCGUCUCGGCAGAUCGGUGACGAGAGGGACGCCACGGACACAACAGUGCGCGCGCGUGUGUGUGUGUGUGUGUGUGUGUGGGAAGAAGCGGGCCGGUAAAAACCGGUGUAGCGUAUCCUAAAAGAAACGUGUCUCUAUAAUAGUUCGGCUAGAUUUGAGCAAAAGUCGAUCGAUCGAUCCAUCGAGAAUCAUUGCUUGCCCUACUGCCGUGCUGCUGCGGGUCGCUUUGGUGCGCGAACAACGUUGAGCAGGCUUCGAGUUUCGAAAAACCAAUUCAACGAACUAAUUGUGGAGCUUUUUAAAAAAAUUAAGCUUUUAUAGUAAUCCAGCCUCCAGCAAGCCGGGUAGAGUUAGGUAGCAAAAAAAAAAAAAAAAGAAAAACAAAUAGAAAAGGAAAGACAGCUAGCGAUGGCUUACCAAGGCGAGCAGAAGCGUGAUACGGCAAACAGUUUGAAUGUGAAGCAGCUCGACGACCAAAGUGAGGAGGAGGAACGCUCGGAGACAGCCAAGCUGACCAGAUACAACGAUGGAUCGGUCAAGCUGCGCAAUCCCAACAUUGAGCUCAUGGACCAAGACAUCCUGUACCAUCUGGCGCUCGGUAGCGGUAGCCACGAUCUGCACGAAAUGUUCGGCGACGUGAAGUUCGUCUGCAUGGGCGGCACGCCGAAGCGCAUGGAAACGUUCGCGCACUUCAUAAUGGACGAGAUAGGCUACAAGCUGCCCGCCGGCACCCAGCUGCAGGAUAUCAGUGCAUUUUCCUAUCGCUACUCAAUGUACAAGGUUGGUCCAGUACUCUCCAUCAGCCAUGGUAUGGGCGUACCGUCCGUCGGCAUUCUGCUGCACGAGCUGAUCAAGCUGAUGUACCACGCCAAGGUGAAGGAUCCGAUCUUUAUGCGGAUCGGUACGUGCGGCGGUAUCGGUGUCGAGGGCGGCACCGUCGUCAUCACGGAGGACGCGUACGACGGUUUGCUGCGGAACAGCUACGAACUGGCAAUUCUUGGCAAAAUCGUACAUCGUCCGGCUAUUUUGGACAAGCGGCUGGUACGCGAACUGAAAUCGCUAGCCACGCAAGAUGAUCCGUACGACACCAUCAGCGGCAAAACGAUGUGCACCUACGAUUUCUACGAAGGCCAGGGCAGGCUAGACGGUGCGUUCUGCGAGUUUACCGAAACGGACAAAAUGGCCUACCUGGAGAAGCUGCGCGACUUUGGCGUGGUUAACAUCGAGAUGGAGUGUACCAUCUUCGCGGCGCUGACGCACUACGCCGGCAUCAAGGCGGCGAUCGUCUGCGUCACGCUGCUGGACCGGCUGAAGGGCGACCAGGUGAUGGCGCCGAAGGAGGUGAUGAACGAAUGGCAGCAGCGGCCCCAGAUACUGGUGUCCCGGCUAAUCAAGAAGCAUCUCGCCCAGAUGGGCCAGCUCAAGUCGCUCGCCUCGACGCCCUCGUCCAUCAAGUCGCCGCGCCGAUUUAAGCUGGUCCAGCAGGAAUCGGAGGCGCACGAGUAAGGCGCAGCGGGGUUGCAACUAGCAUCUGCUAGCAGUAAAUCAUCCCUUCUCCCCACCUCCCAAUCCUGCCCCCUCCCCCCCCCCCCCCGAUUGCCCGAAUGGAGGCUCAGCAUCUGCCACGAUAUUUUCUGUUUCUGUUGUUUGUUGUGUUUUAACCAGUAUACAGGCUAGAAUAUUUCUCACUAACCACGUGUGCAUCUAUGGCAUGCAUAUCCGUAACAUUAAUCGCGUUAUUAAAAGACAAAUAAAGAGUAGCAAAUAACACAAGCAGUCCUAGCAAAACAAAAAAGCAAAGGAAAUAGAGAGGGAGAGGAAGCAUUGGAGGUGGUAUUGUGGUAAAGCAAAGCGAAGGGAUUAAACACUUAAACACACGCUGAUACAUACGAAAAGCGCAUUACGCCAAUAUGAAUAGAUCGUGACAGUGCCUGCUGCAUCUGAGCAGGUUCCCUCCCACCUCCCUGCUCACAAACACCCAUACACUGCACAGUGUAGGUACAGGUCACUGUAGUAUCGGCUUAUAGAACAUAAUUUAAAAAUUGGCCGCUAACUAUAACUGCUAACGAGCGUUUGAUUUUUGGUUCUCGAAUCACGCCGCCCCUUACUUACUUAGUGGCAUCAUACUUACUCUCUAUAAAAUUCAACAUGCAUAUAUCGAUGUGUACUGGCUUUCUGUAUAGGCGGAGUGUUGCGUUAGAGACACACACACACACACACACACACAAACACACCGGCAAACGCACCUAAACUUAGUAGUUACAACAUACCAUAGAUAUUGUGUUAAGAGGUACUAAAGAGGAGACCAAACAUCGCUGCCGUGUGUGCCACUGCCCGAGUGUGUUGUGUGAAAAAGGUUACUUGCAUGUGAUGCAUUGCAAACGUUUGAUAUUCCAAUAUAAUCUUAUACCACAAUUUUGCUAAACGCAGUCUCCGGCGACCGACAAGAUCGUUCCACAAUUACUAAACGUUGUAAAAGCCGUUUUUGUUUUUCUUUCCUGCCAUGCGCAUUGGCACAUAAUCGAAAAAGCUACGCAGCAUUUUGUCGUUUCGGUGGUCUAACCGUAUUUCGUUAAACCAGUGGAAUGAAUAUGUGGCGUGUGUGUGUGUUUUUUUUGAAAGUGUUGUAAUUUAAACUCGGUGUAAAGGUGAUACGUUUCCCGGGCAUAUACGAGUGUGAGCAUUAGGUUAUGAGUUUGGCAAGGCAAACCGAUGUUUUGGUUCAAUAUUGUGUGUUUUCCUCCGCUCCUCAUUCCCGGAACGUUAAAGAAUCAACAAAAAGUAAACACGUUAAACAUCAUGACGCAACGAUCUCUUCAUUAAAUGAAAAUAAAAUAAAACA